AUGGACUCAGCAACGUGGGAGCGAUUUGUACGAUUACGCACAAGCUGUUCAGGUGGAAUCUUUUAUACCAGCCAAGCAGCAUUGUCACCGGUAGACCGUCGGGGGAAUGUCUUGGUCGCUGGACAUACAAUGGGUGAUCUGGACGGGCACGGCAAUGCUGGCGGGAAGGAUAUUUUUCUGGCGAUGUUCGACAAGACAGGUGAUUGGAAAUGGACGCAACAGCAUGGUGGCACAGGAGACGAUGAAGCCAUGGCAAUGAAACUGGAUUCAUUGGGCAACAUCCUCAUUGCAGGAGAAACCACGAGCUCUCUUGAUGGGUGUGUCCAUGCCGGGAGCUCCGAUAUGUUUCUAAUGAAGUUUGCUGAAGAUGGACAAUGGCAGUGGACCCAACAACGCGGGACCCCUCGUUUUGAUGCUGCGUGGGCUCUGGAAAUUGAUGACUUCGACAGGAGUGUUGUUGCAGGUUACAGUGGUGGCGCUCUUGACGGCAAUCAGCAUGCUGGAAGUUCAGAUAUUUUUGUUAUGGUGUUCGACCGGUCGGGGGAUUGGCUUUGGACUCAUCAACGUGGUAGUGAGCACUGGGACUAUGUGCGCGCUAUGCAGUUGAGUGGACCUGAUGUGAUUCUCGUGGGGUCCACACAAGGGUCCCUGGACAAUGCCAGCUUCCAUGGAGGUGAAGACAUUUUUGUGAUGAAGCUCCAUUCGGAUUGA